UUCAAUAGGUUAUUAUUAUCCUUGGGAGGCGGUUUUGUCGAUUAUUUACGAUAGAUUUACAAAAGUAUUUUAAAACUAAAUAAUGUAUUAAUAAAAAUCUUGACUAAUGCGAAAAUCACACUAGAAAUCUCUUAAAGUAACGUCAUUCUUUAUUUAUGACAUCAUAACCUGUAACCGGAGGAAAAAAUAUUGUAUAUUGUACUGUAUUGGAUAUGCGCUAAUAUAUCACAAUUUAAGAAUUAAAAUGUCUGUGAAAAUGAGUCAGGAAGUGCCAUUCAAUGACAUUUUGUUGCCGGGAAAGACUCCUUCUGGUUUAUCGGCGUUUAAGUUCAUGUCUCGUCCAUGGAAUCCGACGAAAUCAUAUGUUCUGGACAAGUGUUACUCUCCACAGGAUCUCAAGGAUUUGGUUGCAAAGUCCGUAUAUUUGGACUCUGUUAUUGAAGCGGAAAGUGCAAGGACAGGUGUCCGCAAAGAGAAGCUUCGUCGAGAAAUGCUGGCAUACCUAGAGGAGAUGGGAUUGGACAAAAAGAUUUACGUGAUCCGCUGGAUGGGCAUUGUAUUCCUCAAGUUCUGCAGCAUGAUGAAGGUCGGAGUCUUCGUCAAUGAACCAGCCAUACUCAAGUUGAAGUUGUCAAUGGGUGCAAACCCCGUGCUGUUCCUGCCGACUCACCGCAGCUACGCCGACUUCUGCCUCAUGACCUACCUGUGCUACAACUACGACAUUGACUUCCCGGCUGUAGCUGCUGGCAUGGAUUUCUACUCAAUGGCGGUGGUGGGUCGGCGCAUGCGCGAGACGUGCGCGUUCUACAUCAGGCGCACGCUGGCCGGCGCGCCGCUGUACGCGGCCACGCUGCGUCAGUACGUGCGCACGCUCGUGAGCAAGCACUGCGCACCCAUCGAGUUCUUUCUUGAAGGCACGCGCAGUCGCAGCAACAAGAGUUUGCCGCCUAAAUACGGUAUGCUCUCAAUGGCUCUGGCGGCGUACUUCGCGCACGAAGUAAGUGACGUCACCAUCGUGCCGGUCAACAUAUCCUACGACAGGCUGAUGGAGACAGCGCUCUUUGCCUACGAACACCUUGGCGUGCCCAAACCUAAAGAGUCUACAGGGGGACUAUUGAAAGCGCUGCACAGCUUGAACGACCAUUUCGGCAACAUAUACAUCAACCCGGGCGCUCCUCUGUCCGUCAAACAAUACCUCAAAUCGGAGUCCAUAUCGAGCGAGAUGCUCAAACCUGUAGACCUGCAACAACUUACUCCUGAACAGUUCACGCAAGUCCAAGACAUUGCUAAUUACGUCAUAACGCUACAACAGCAGAAUACCGUCGCAACAAUAUCGAAUUUAAUAGCACUAGUACUGAUGCAAAGUUUAAUACAAAACAAAACGUUAGACAUAGAAGAUAUUGUGUCAGAAAUGAACUGGGUGAUCGAACUGUUGAAGAGUCUCGGGGCUUCAGUUUAUGAGAAGGAUGUGAGGAGUGAUGUCGAGAGGAUCCUGGUGGUUCACAGUAAAAUGAUGCGGCUGGACAAAGACAAGAAAUUAAGGCUACUGUCGAGUACUUUGAUGACUGUCUCGGAUGAUGUCAAGAAGAAGAUGAAGGGUCACAUCCUGAAAGCGGAGACGAUGGUGAACGCGGUGCCCAUCAUCCAACUCCAGCUCUACGUGAACCCUGUGCUGCACUACCUCGUGCCGCCGGCGCUGCUCGCUCUACUCGCACAGAACAAUCCUAGCAAAGAACGAUUAUUUGCUGAUUACCAGCACAUCAGAAAGUUGCUGAGGCACGAAUUCUUCCACGUGGAAAAGGAAGAGGAAAAGAUAUUCAACAGCGCGUUACAAUACUGCAUCGACAAUAAUGUGAUAGCGAGCAGAGAAGGUUCGCUGGUCCCCGGCGAGGGUCAUAAGACGCGAUACCUCCUCAAAUGGUCCGUCUGGCCCGCGCUCACCACGCUGCUCAAAUGUACUGAAGUUAUGACAGAACACAAAUCAUGUGAACACAAGAAAGCCCUGAAGUUGGUACAGGAACGCGUGGAGUCAAGCAAUUGUCACCCGUACUGCUUGAGCUUAGAGUCCAUCGGUAACUGCCUGCAGGGACUCGCCUUAGCUGGGGCUCUCGUCAGGGAUCGAGGACAACAAGAAGUGACAUACGCCGUGGUGCCCGACGCGAUGGCACAGAGCCAUCGCCUGGUCACCUCAGUACUGCCUGACUUCUACGUGGACUUCGGCAGGAACAACUCAGUGAUCCUCGACCAUAGGCCCCUCAUGUCUAGGUUGUAAUUACGACGCAACACUUGUAGAUGAUAUAACAUAGUGCUUGUCCUGUCACUAGUUGCCAACUCUAGGUUAUAGUAAGUUGUGGGUUGGAGAAAGGAUUAACGAUAAUGAUGGUGAUAAUGGGAUAAGUUUGUAGAUUAUUACAUGUCAAAAUUAACAGGUAGGUCUAGUCAAAAAGACCGCUCCGAAUCGCACCCUGUGGGAAAGUGCUCAUUACGCUGGCCGCGUUUGCGCGCUGGAUUGCCAGCGAAAUUUGCUGCACUAGGUCACCUCCAUUCUGCCGUAACCACCGCGUAAGUUUGUAGUGAUAUGGAUAAACCGGGGAACACAUUUCAUUGUUAUGUCCCCACCGGGAUUCAAACCCGGGAGUUCCGGAUCGUGAUCCCACGAGGGCUAUUAAAGAAGAAGUUAAUUUACCACGUAGGCAAACGCGAUAUGUGGUCUCUAUCUAUGUUGUGGCUACUGACUACCGUAAAUGCCACGCUGCCUGUGGCGCCACUAGCGCGUAAAUUAUGUUUCAUUUGCCACAAAUGACAUCAUGAUGUCUGGUGAUGUGUGUAUGUCCAAAUUCUGGUCUAACAGUUCAAAAGAGUCUAGUCUUGAAAACAGAAUCGAAUGUAAUUGCAGUGAGCAUGAUAAUGUAAGAUGUUCUAUGACGAGAACUUCCUUAAUUAGUGAAAUAUGGACAAAAAGAGUACAAAACAGUUAAUACUCUCUUUUCCAUUUGUCUGUGAACCGUCAGAUAUCAACAUUACCUAGCAUUGCUUUUUUUUUAAACAGCUAGGUUAUGCUGGAUUAGUAAUGAUGGAAAACUAAUUUUGCAAACACAUUUUUCAGUUGACCUCUUAGGGUUAAAUUGACAAAUUUUACGUAGGUACAGUCAGAAGUAAAUGGUUAGUGACAGAAAGAAAUAUUUGACAUUGUAAGCGUCUCGCGAAUCUGGACGAUUAGGUUGUUGCCAACGUUUUUUAACACGCAGUGUGGCGGUGUGUAUAAUAAUAAUACUUACUAACAAGUAUAUUACUGUACCGUCACAUAAGUUAAUGCAAUAAAUUGAAGAUUAUAAAAACUUUGAAGGGACAAUUCAGUGGUCAUGAGAUAUCACAUAUUUAUCUGAUUAAUGAUAUAAGCUACAUAUUCUAACGCGUCCG